AGAAAUAGCUGCAGCGAAGAGGUAGCAGAGAAGGAGGGAGUCGAAGUGGGAGAUGAGCGAAUCGGAAUUGCCAACGAAAGAGGCAAUCGUGCUGAGAGGGCACGAGGGCGCUGUAUUAGCCGCCAGGUUCAACAGCGACGGAAACUACUGCCUGAGCGCCGGCAAAGACCGAACCAUCCGACUAUGGAACCCUCACCGCGGCAUCCACAUCAAGACCUACAAAUCCCACGGCCGUGAAGUCCGCGACGUUCAUGUGACCUCGGACAAUUCCAAAUUGUGUUCCUGCGGAGGUGAUAGACAAAUAUUUUACUGGGAUGUGGCCACGGGUCGAGUGAUUCGAAAGUUUCGGGGACACGAAGGGGAGGUGAAUGCUGUCAAGUUCAAUGAGUAUUCGUCGGUUGUUGUCUCCGCUGGUUUCGAUCAGUCGUUGCGUGCUUGGGACUGCAGAUCUCACAGCAUUGAACCAAUUCAGAUAAUUGACACAUUUACAGAUAGUGUAAUGUCUGUUUGUUUGACAAAGACCGAGAUUAUUGGUGCAAGUGUUGAUGGAACUGUUCGAACAUUUGACAUGCGUAUUGGGAGAGAACUAUCCGAUGACUUGGGGCAGCCUGUAAACUGCAUCUCAAUGUCAAAUGAUGGUAACUGCAUACUGGCUGGCUGCUUAGAUUCAACUUUACGCCUUAUUGACAGAACUUCUGGUGAAUUGCUUCAAGAAUACAAAGGACACACUUGUAAGUCUUACAAAUUGGACUGCUGCCUUACCAAUACUGAUGCCCAUGUAACUGGUGGGUCGGAGGAUGGUUACAUUUUCUUCUGGGAUCUGGUAGAUGCAUCUGUGGCAACAAGUUUCAGAGCGCAUUCAUCAGUGGUCACAAGUGUCAGUUAUCACCCAAAGGACAACUGCAUGAUAAGUUCGUCUGUUGAUGGCACCAUUAGGGUGUGGAAGACUUGAAGAAGCAAUUAAGCAACUGGACCUCGAGGCGUUGCUGUUUUGUACCAACUAUCUUGCCCUGCACGGAGAUUUUCCAAUGACUAUUCUACUGUUCAAUGGACAAGUACGUUCGAGCACCUUGUAUUGAUGAUAGAAAUUUGUUAUAUAUACCUUGAUUGGUUAAAUAUUUCGAAACUUUCCAUCAA